AUGACUCUUACACCCAAGCGCAAGUGGUACGUAGCAUUUGUGAUUGCAGCCUCCACAGUCAGUGCUGGAGGAGUACGUUUAGUGGAUGGCCCAAACAACUGCUCUGGCAGGGUGGAGGUUUAUUAUGCAAGCCAGUGGGGUACAGUGUGUGAUGAUGACUGGGACCUGCUGGAUGCCAAGGUAGUGUGUAGAGCGCUGGGCUGUGGGGUGGCGCUGGAGGCCCCGGACCAGGCUCACUUUGGCCAAGGCAGAGGGGAGAUCUGGCUAGAUGAUGUGCAAUGUUCUGGGAAUGAAGAGGCACUGCUUGGCUGCAGCUCAGAUGGACUGGGGUCACACAACUGUGGACAUUCUGAGGAUGCAGCAGCGAUAUGUGAGGGGCAGUCAGCUGACUUGACAGUGCGCCUAGUUGAUGGUCCCAACCGCUGCUCUGGCAGGGUGGAGGUCUACCAGGAUGGGAGUUGGGGGACAGUCUGUGAUGAUAACUGGGCUGUGCUAGAUGCCCAAGUUGUAUGUAGGGAGCUGAGCUGUGGACCAGCCACAGAGGCUCCUCACCAGGCUCACUUUGGUGAGGGGAGUGGCUCAAUCCUAUUGGAUGAUGUGGCGUGCAUGGGAAGUGAGGGAUCUUUACUGGAAUGCAGCUCAGGAGGGAUAGGGAACCAUGACUGUGGCCAUGAUGAAGAUGCCAGUGUAACUUGCAUGAUGGAACAAGAAGAUGCAUUUAGAAACAAUGGCAUUUCCAGAGUGCGUCUGGUCAACGGUCCCAACAACUGCUCUGGUAGAGUGGAGGUGUUUGACUCUGGCCAGUGGGGUACAGUGUGUGAUGAUGACUGGGAUCAGAGGGAUGCUCAGGUGAUGUGCAGAGAGUUGGGCUGUGGAGAAGCACUAGAGGCCUUUGGAUCUUCCAGGUUUGGAAAGGGCAGUGGCUCCAUCUCUCUGGAUGACUUGGCCUGUUCUGGCUCUGAAGACUCUUUGCUGCAGUGUCCCCACAGUGGCCUGGGUAACCAUGACUGUGGUCACCAUGAAGAUGCAGGAGUCACCUGCGCUGGUCCUACAGAGAACAGCAGCAUUUCCAGAGUGCGUCUGGUCAACGGUCCCAACAACUGCUCUGGUAGAGUAGAGGUGUUCCACUCUGGCCAGUGGGGUACAGUGUGUGAUGAUGACUGGGACCUGCUGGAUGCCAAGGUAGUGUGUAGAGCACUGGGCUGUGGGGUGGCGCUGGAGGCCCCGGACCAGGCUCACUUUGGCCAAGGCAGGGGGGAGAUCUGGCUAAAGGAUGUGCAAUGUUCUGGGAAUGAAGGGUCACUGCUUGUUUGCAGAUCAGAUGGACUGGGGUCACACAACUGUGGACAUUCUGAGGAUGCAGCAGCGAUAUGUGAGGGGCAGUCAGGUCCAUCCCCUUCAGAUUUCCAUUGUCCAUCCCCUUCAGAUUCCCAUUCUGACUUGACAGUGCGCCUAGUUGAUGGUCCCAACCGCUGCUCUGGCAGGGUGGAGGUCUACCAGGAUGGGAGUUGGGGGACAGUCUGUGAUGAUAACUGGGCUGUGCUAGAUGCCCAAGUUGUAUGUAGGGAGCUGAGCUGUGGACCAGCCACAGAGGCUCCUCACCAGGCUCACUUUGGUGAGGGGAGUGGCUCAAUCCUAUUGGAUGAUGUGGCGUGCAUGGGAAGUGAGGGAUCUUUACUGGAAUGCAGCUCAGGAGGGAUAGGAAACCAUGACUGUGGCCAUGAUGAAGAUGCCAGUGUAACUUGCAUUAUGGAAGACCCAUUUAAAAACAAUGGCAUUUCCAGAGUGCGUCUGGUCAACGGUCCCAACAACUGCUCUGGUAGAGUGGAGGUGUUUGACUCUGGCCAGUGGGGUACAGUGUGUGAUGAUGACUGGGAUCAGAGGGAUGCUCAGGUGAUGUGCAGAGAGUUGGGCUGUGGAGAAGCACUAGAGGCCUUUGGAUCUGCCAGGUUUGGAAAGGGCAGUGGCUCCAUCUCUCUGGAUGACUUGGCCUGUUCUGGCUCUGAAGACUCUUUGCUGCAGUGUCCCCACAGUGGCCUGGGUAACCAUGACUGUGGCCACCAUGAAGAUGCAGGAGUCACCUGCGCUGGUUCUGCUUCCGGGGCCUUCUGAAAGCAUGUACUGUAGAGCUCUCAUCCAUCCAGCCUAGUAGUAACAAUGGUCAACCAUAGAUACUGUAUGUACAUUCAAAUUCUAUUUCUAUGAUACCACCUCUCUCCUCCUGGGACAUGCUGGUGUGCAAAUCAAACACACUAAUAAAAAUACAGUACGGAAAACCAUUAUCUGUAACAAUUGAAUUCUGAUCAGAGGGGAUUUUCUUGCCUUCAGCAGGGAAUGUGGCAUCCAACUAUUUAAAAUCCUGCCUCAUGUAUCAUUCAUAAAAGCCCUCUUUAAUGACACAAUGCCAAGAAGGUUGCUGUGUCAGAGUUUCCAGACUGAGAAGGUGAAGACAACCCAGGCCAGCCAAGCCCCAAAGGCCUUCUAAAUUUGAACUCCAAUAUAAUUCAAAUGCAAUCACAUGAGGUAUAAGAUUAGUAUGCAUAAGGUGUUGAAAAUGAUUUGUGUAGUGUUGACAAUACUGUAACUUCAAUUAGGAAGUGAACUGAAAUACAAUUUUAAAAAAUCAUCAGAGAAAAUAAUGGGCAAUUUUUUAUUCAUGGUUUUAAUUUAAAUUCAUUACAUGAUAUUUAGACAUUUAAAAGUUUGUGUUGUGUUUUUCUAGUUCUACUAAACAUUGUAUUUGUUAUGUCCCUUGCAUAGUUUGCUUUCUACAAGUAACAGGAUCUUGAGUCAUAUUACCAGGCUAGUGUACUGUGAAUUAUUAUAAUUGACUCUAUCUUGGAUUAAAUCAAAGUAAUGAAUACUGUAUUGUUCUUCCAAGGUAUUUACCAUUUCUUUAUUUUCUUUGGGAUUUUACCCAUAUAUUCACAAAGUUGCAAGAGUAAGUUCACCUGCUAAAUUCCUCUCCAUCCACUCCAUCAAUAGAGAGCAACAAUAUGUCAUUGUUAGAUGAUCAAGGUAUCUAAUUAAGCUUUACAAUAUAGGCUAUCUUGAACAUUACACUUUUCCCAAAAUAUCAAUAGGAAUAUAUUUUUCAUUUUACAUUCUUAUUGUCCUCCUAUUUCUCACCCACAAUCACCAUAAUGGUUUCACAUUGUCACGUUAGGCUUAUGGGAGGUGCACUGCUGUUCAAUGAAUUAACAUUAGACAGAAAUAACGUCAGACAAUCACAUUUAUGACAUGAAAGAGGCCCAGCAACUCAGCUCAUUUCACAGGGUGAGCCUUAAUAAUCUCUAUUUAGAUUCUGAAUAUGCAAUCAGGCAAUUCCAUUUUAUGCCAGAAGAGGGAUACAGUCCAGUUUUGGUGUGCUAGAGCCGGCAGAUCUCAAUUCACAUCUGCUACAAUUCUGAUAGGACAUUUAAAGGAUUUCAAAUUAAUUAAUUGAUUGUGUAAAUUGUUGUUUGGGCUUUACUUUAAAAAAAGAUGGUCUCUUUUUAUAGAGGGAUGAAGAGACCAAGUGUAUGCCAGACUCAUGCAGGUGAAGGUCAUGGACUCAAUAACUUCCUUCCUCCUUCCUCUUCCUUCUUCCUCACCCCACUCCUGUGUUGGCACUGGGCUAUGUUUUAUUAAUGGGGAAGUCGCUGGCUACAUGGCUACCUCUAUAAUUAAUGUAGUUUAGCAUUAGAAGGCAAUGUGUUCUGGGGAGAAGGACAGGAGAAAUCUGAUUAUGAUGAAUGGACAGUGCAUAUCAAUGAGACCAGAGAAACAACCUGUCAUUUUGUCUAUGUGUAAUAAACUACGUAACACUA